AUGAGGCGCACUCAGGUUCGAAAUAGUCGCCUCCAUGACAUAAAAGACUCACCGUCUAACGAAGCGGAAGUGCAAGCUGUGCUCGCAGCUGCCAAAGCAUCAGAGGGUGAUGCAUGGAAUGCAGUCCGUUUGCUUGCCGGCUGUGCACGUUGCACGCUACAAGCGGGUCGUGGACACCUUGCACUUCCGCUUAUAGUUGCAUCUUUUGAGCUGUCACCCGAGCCCUUUAGGCAACUGGUCGGCUUACAACAGCUGACGGUUGAUGGCUCUCAACAGCAGAUACUUCAGGAAAUCGCCGAGAAUGACGCAUUCACAAAAAACGAAAGGGGGGCAAACGGCAUUAUGUCCACAGUUUUGAUCGUUUGGCAUGGUGUGGUGGUCUCCGUUGCUCAGAAUGGCAGUUGUCCAAAAGACUUCCUUCGAUUUUCACACUGCAUUGCGCACUUGCUCUCGCUCCUACCGGGUGCAGAUGGAGUCGUUCACGAGGAUCUGUCCGCGUGCUGGUUGUACAAUAUUAUUAUGUUCGCACACAAGUGUAAGUGCAUGAAGGCGGUGGCACAUUAUCUGCUUGAAGGAAUGUUGGCAGACGUUAGUGAGCUUCCAGAGGACUUGCGCGACGCAAGCACGCUUCAAUCCCUCCCCUUCGCCUUCAGAAAAUGGGGCGCGGCGAAGGCUUUUGUCCACGCAGGUGUCCGCAAGCACGCGGUAGCGACCAUGUUUAAAAGGCUUUGUUUAGCUCUCUAUACGGAGGGGUGUGACGAUUUGCGGACAGUGCAGAGAGAAAUCGAUUCCAGGGCUCUCGCCGUGACAAAUGCUCUCCAGCAGACCUUUGGCAGCGAAACAUCGCACUACAUGGUAGACUUCCACCGCCCACUCCGCAUGGAAGCACAACAUAUAGCUCUUUUGUGUCAACAUGCGAUGGACGAGGACCAACUCUGCACGCCGCGCGGACAAUUUGGUUGUAUCCGCCUAGCGUGUCUCUUGAAGAGGGCAGCAAACAAAAUCAUGGCUCCAACCAUGAACGAGUGCAAGUUGGUGUCGCUCUCCAGUGUGGUGGCGCUCGCGUUGAGGCACCAAUACAUUGACAUAGCAGCGGAGAUACUGCAGACGGGUGUCGAAACUGUGGAUCCAUCUGAUGAAUCGCUGCUUCUGUGGGGAAAAGAUUUAGAGCUCGUUCUUGCGCAAAACCUGUCGGCACACCUACCGGCGGCAGCGCAAUGUCCAGUUAAGCCAGUCGAAAGGGCUCGCGACGAGGCUAGCUCUGGUGUUGACGACAAGGUGGGAGUAGGGACGGUGGGGGCACCGGAACCGACACAACUCCUCCACGAAGUUGUGCAGGGGAGUCUCAGCGACGCAGAGGCCGUGCGCGUUCUUGCACUUGCCGACGACUUAACACAACUGCUCCCGAUAGGGCUGACACUCCUCCGUGGCCGAGGCACAUUACAACAGCGAUUGCUAGCUGACAAGAUUGCCGUGCCGUUCGUCAUUGGCGCCUUGGCUCGACUUGUUCAGUUGCUUGUAAAUGAAGGGGACAUGCCGCUCGUGAGGUGUUUUCUACCAUUCAUUGCUCACCUCUGUGUGGGAGUCCCAUCGCGUGCCCAUCUGUUAUUUACGCUUCAGGCAAUCGCCGCUUUUGCGAAGGGUUUCCCAGGUGACACGGGGGAGUGGGCCUCCAUUGCGUCAGCUCUCAGUCAGUUCUCGCCACUACGGUCGAUAGAUGCGGCGCCAUCCUACUGUCAUACCAAGGCAAUUACGACAGGGCGCACAUUUGCCUCUCGGCGCCGCGUAUUUGAUGCGCUCCGCGUCUGUAGAAAGACACCCAAAACGAUGAUGCAUUCCUAUUGCCAGGUUCAGGUGUCUCUGCUGGGGGAGGGAGGGGGAGUUCGGCUGCUUCGCACCACCCACGUCAGGACAACGGCUGAUACCCGUUGGGAAAAGGUGUUACGGAUUGAGUAUCUACUGCUACAGUUAGUGGAAGAAAUGAAGAUCAUUGAGCGACGGAACCGAGAUCAUUUGCGUUCGACUGAUCAGGGGGAGUCUCCUUUGUGCGAAGAUCUGCCAGUAUCUUCGUUGCGCUCCGAUAUUAGUGUCGGACCCGUGUGUUGUAGCGUAGGCGGCGCACAGGAUGCGAGAAAAGCACGGGAGGAAUGGUGGAACGAGCGGCGGGCGCUGGACCGAUCCAUCGGGGCGGUGGUCCAAUCCAUGCAGUCCCCGGAGGGAUUUGGCUGUUGGCGGGCGGCACUGUGCGGCGAGCUUCCCGAUUCCUGUCAAGUAGCCGUGUGGGACGCAACAAAAGAACUGCUCUCAGGUUUGGGUUUACCUGCGCAGCACGAGGGUGAUGUAUCGCUGGUGCUUGCAGCACUCCCCUUCGUGGGAGACCGGCACCCGGAGGACGGCGACUUGUUAUUCAACCCGUCACACGUUGGACCCACGAAUCCCUGCGGCUGCUGCGAUGAAACGUUGAGGAGGCUCUCCACGGCACUUGAGCAAGAGCUGAUUACCCACCUGGAUGCAAAGUUAGUUAAUGAACCUACUGCGUGCCGGAAAGCUUGCUUACAUGUGCUCACAGCAAUGCAUGCCGUGAUAUCGGAAAAGAAAUGUAACCAGCCGGUGGAUCACGGGGGGGAACCAGAAAAACGGUUGACGGACGGAUGCUAUCACGUGAAUUUGUAUGAAAUCCCUCGCACACCUGUAUAUUUAGUUCUUGAUAAUGAGCUCCACUGCCUUCCCUUCGAAGGUAUUGAUGUUCUCCGUCACGGCAGCGUCUCUCGCGUCCCGACUGUUUCAUUCGUUUCGACUUUUACGAGCACCCUUGGCCAGCGAAAUGAUUCCUGUCACUCAAGCGGUGAUUACAUCGAAAAGGGAGGAAAAAAUGCGGCUGGUUGCGCAGGAACGGUGUGCUGUGUUAUUGAUCCGGCGGGAGUUAUGUCCAAGACAUUGAGGCGGCUCCUCCCACUGUGCAGUCGAAAGGGCUGGGUUGUGAAAUCGCACAAUUCGCCGCCCUCAGCGCGUUUGCUGAGAGAAAUGUACAGGGCAGGUGUGCGAUUGUAUGUGUAUGUCGGUCACGGAAAGGGAGAGCAAAUUAUUCAACGCGGGGAAUUGUAUGAGCGCGUCCCUGAUCCUGCGAAUUUCCCUUCUGUGUUCUUGAUGGGCUGUAGCAGCGCUUACAUGGAUGGGGGACUGACGUACGAUUGCUAUGGUAUGCCCUACGCCUUUCUGCACGCAGGGGCGCCACUCUUCGUUGGUUGUCUAUGGCAUGUCACAGAUGGGGAAAUCGACCGUCUGACAAAGCGUUUGCUGUCAUUUGUUUCAUACGGAGGGGGCAGUGGCGAUGACUUCGGCGUUUGCCGCACCAUGGCAGCUGGUGAAGCCUUGCGUCUUGCGCGCAAGUCAUGCAAACUGCCCUACCUGACGGGGUGCGCCACAGUCCUUUACGGCAUGAACCUCCCGCUUGGGGGUACACCGGGUGGAGCGAUGUGA